AUGGCGUCGGUCGGCAGAUUCGUGCAAACCGCCGACCCUGCGGUGACUGCCCUGGAGUCGCCGCCGUUACCCACCGAGACCCGUUUGUGGCGUCAGAGCCCUGACUGUCAGAGCGAGAGCGACUCGAACCGUGUGUCAGGCAGCGUGCUGGACAGCGUGAAGUCGAACGGUGGACCCAAACAUGCGUCUACUGCUCGCCUCCACGCCUCACAAGACCUACCGACGAGUGUGACGCGCUUUCUCUGCCUCAGCAGCUCGUCGAACUCGGCUGCAGCCAAGGAUCUGCGGCGUCAGCUGCUGGUUGUACGCGACUGCUGCGUCGCACUCGGUAACAAGGUAAAGGGUAGCGAGCUGCUUUUGCUUGGUGGAAGUCAACUUUCGCGCAAGGUGGAGGCGAUGGCGGACUUCAACAGCUGCCUCGGCGUCAUAUUCGCCGCUUCUCUCACCUUCACGGGUGAGACGGAGGGCGUCGCCAAGGACACCCUCUGCAGCGUCGUAGAAAUGCUCAAGUCCGCCCAAGAGAGCGGCGACGAGAAGGUCUUCCGUGCCGCCGUCGUCAAGAUAGUCAACCGCAUCCUCCUUUGCACGCCGCUGAGGCCGCCUGCGCGCAACGCUGCCAAGGAGACGGCACGGAAGAGCGCUGGGAAGCAGGAGCAACACGCUGAACAGGAGCCGAAGUUGGAGGACGAGUGCCUCGACUUUCUGACUGUCGAGGACGGCGUUCCGGUGCUGCUGGAAUGUGUGUGGAAGCGCUGGCUGCGCUACUUCGAGGAUGGCUACGUUCGCUACGUGAAGAAGCUCAUGGCAGAAGAGCGCCAGGCCUUGGAAGCUGCGGCGGCCGCAGCCGCUGCAGAUGAUUACAACGGCGAGGAAGCCCAGUAUGUUGACGGCGUAUCCGCCACAACAACCCAGACCAUCUCUACGGUUCCGCUCUUCACCACCUGUCAGGAUUAUUGGAAGUCGCCGGCGAGUGCCUACGCGCAGUUCUGCUACAUCCUGCUCGCCAUCUUCUUCGUGCGCACCAAGGACUUCUCGCUCAACUACCUUGCCCGUGUCACGAAGCUAGUGCAGUACUUUACGUACCAGCUGGAGUUUGAGGACGGUGAGCCCAUUGCGGUGAGGACGGACACCGAUGCGGAGGAGGACAGUGCUCAGUCGGAGGACGAAGACGAUGACAGGACGCCGCCACAGCAGGAGGGGCCACGGAAGGAGAAGCAGGUGCACUCCUUGCCGAUGCCCGAGUACGACAAGGCCGUUACUCAGCGCAGAUUUAGGAUGUCUCGACGGUCUAGCUCGCAGGGGCUUGUUCCUACGGUGGUGUCGUUCAAGAAGGCUGAGAAGCCGCGCCGCCACUGUCACAAGUGCUUCUUUACGGACGCGCUUCCAGGAGACCUGCGCCCGUCGGUCGAAGCAGUGCGGCAGGAGGAGGCGGAGGCGGCCGCCAGAGACUCAGAAGAGCACUCGCACCUACCCGUUGUGCGUCGUUCAGCGAAUCUGGACCUCAGCGAGCAUUCGAUCAGCCCGCAACGUGAGCGAGAGCAGCUCGACGCCUGUGACGCGUCAAUGGAGUCUGUGCAGGGCGUGUGA